AUGAUGCACGCGAUUUUGGCGAACAAAGAGGCCCACCUUCAGAAGGUGAAGGAUUUGUUCAACCGCCUCGGUGCAGAGAAGAGCGGGGAAAUCACUUAUUUGAUGUUCGAAGAGAAGAUCAAUGCCCCGGAAGUCAGGGAAUAUUUCUCGUCCUUGGGUCUGGAUGUUUGGGAUGCUUGGUCCUUCUUCAAGAUGUUGGAUUUGGAUGAGAGCGGUGCGGUCGAUAUGGAGGAGUUUUUGAUGGGGUGCUUGCGUGUGCGCGGCAGUGCCAAAGCGAUCGACAUCAGCAA